AUGGCUACUGGCCUCGAAGCAGCGGGUGUCGUUCUAGCCCUUCUGCCACUGCUGGUACACCAGAUCGGCAGCUAUGUCGAAGGGCUCCAGAUGUUAAAUCGCCUAAAAUGGGAGGUUUACCGGAGCUGGAUGGAACGCAACUACACCGCAUUAGACAAUGAGAGGGCAAUCUUGCUCAAUACACUGCUGAUCGCUGUGGACGGAAUCACUUACUGUGGAUUUGGCGAUUAG